AUGUUUUUAGUGAUUAUCUGUGUAUUUUCAUCGACACGUGAAAUGACGAAAGAGUUCAUGAGAGCUGCACACAACAGUAAGCUGAACACGCAUGACUACGUCUACAUUCUUCCUUGGUUACAGUCAGAAAGGAAGGAUUCGGCGCCAUGGAUCGGAGAGGACGGGCAGAUCCAGCAGAAUGUCAAGGAUCACUUUGCAAAUGCACUCAUC